UAGCCUAUAGCACAAACAUCAACAUGCAAGAGUCUGCACGCACCAAGCGCGACCGCCUCCUGCCCUGACAGCCCGGCGGAGCGGCGGUCUGCUGCACCGCGACGGAGACGUCCACUUGUCCACGGGUACCGACGAGUCGCAACUGUCCUGCAGGCUGGCUGGGUCGGUCUGUAUCCGGACCACAAAUCGAUCCUGCUCUCGCCUGUGUGUGAUCGUCCUGUCGCGUUGAUUGGUGUACGAGACGUAUAGGAGACUGAUGCUUUUCCCCUCUGUGAAUUUGUGAGAUCACCUUUGCGGUUCACCUUGGAAAUAGAAAUUUAAAAAAAAACGCAUGAAAGGUUGAUGGAUCGCAUGCAGCAGAAACAAAUCAGCCCUGACCCUUGUGGGCCCAAAGUGCAGCCUGGGCCCAAAGUGCAGCCUGGACCCUGCGCGUUGAUUGGAAACAGUCCACGUUUACCCCCACAGCUUGCAAUACAGGAGUCACCUCUCAUCAGCCCGUCAGAGGUGCUCAAGAAACAGUCUGGAUUGAGCCCCAUCCAGGCUGCAGUCAUACCUGUGAAAGUGACAGAGCAAAUGCGGUCAGGGCAAGCAAAAUCUCCAGCAGCACUGACAAGCAUAAGCCGGCCAAGACCGACUGCUCUUGGAACUAAACCUGCUCCAAAGCCGACCAGAAUCUCAGUGGACCCCUCCAAGGAAAUAGAUUUGAUCCCAGUUUGCAUCCCAGGACCUCAGAGUGCCAACAUCCUGUCGCAUUCCCCGACAGAGUCCUCCUUCCCUCUUCACAGUCCUCAGAGUCCCCACAGCCCUCAGUCUUACACCAGCCAGCCUUACCUGAGUCCCACUCCCAGCCUGCCCCAGCACAACCCCAACCUACCCAUCAGCCUCAGCCCCAAACCAAGCCUCAGUCCUCAGUCACAGAGGACCCCCUCAACUGGGAGUUCAACACAGAGUCAAGUGCAGUCCGAGAAGCAAGGGGGAGAGAAUAAUGACUUCAGGGUGUAUAUUGUCACAUGGAACGUGGGAUCAGCUGUCCCCCCAGAUGACAUCACUUCUCUGUUUGGACCAAAUGUGUCAGAUGGGAGCGUUGACAUGUUCAUCAUCGGACUCCAGGAGGUCAACUCCAUGAUAAACAAGAGGCUGAAGGAUGUUCUUUUUUCAGACCAGUGGAGUGAGCUUUGCAUGGACACACUUAGCCCUUUUGGAUAUGUUUUGGUGGCGUCCCAGCGGAUGCAAGGAGUGCUGCUGCUGGUUUUCUCUAAAUUCUGCCACCUUCCAUUCCUCAGAGGCGUGCAGACAGAGAGCACACGCACAGGACUUGGGGGAUAUUGGGGGAAUAAAGGGGGUGUCAGUGCGAGGAUGACAGUGUUUGGCCACCCGGUGUGCUUUCUCAACUGUCACCUGCCAGCUCACAUGAGGAACCUGGAGCAGCGGAUGGAGGACUUUGAGAGCAUCCUGCAGCAGCAGCAGUUUGAAGGCGGGACUGCCACUGGUGUACUGGACCACGAUGUUGUGUUUUGGUUUGGAGAUUUAAAUUUCCGUAUUGAAGACUAUGACAUCCACGUGGUGAAAUGUGCCAUCGACAGCAACAAGCUGCCUCUUCUGUGGGAGCGGGAUCAGCUCAACAUGGCCAAAAACACAGAGUCCAUCCUGGAGGGCUUCAUGGAGGGACAACUCAAAUUUCCACCUACUUAUAAGUUCGAUGUGGGCACUCAUACGUAUGACACCAGCGCUAAGAAAAGGAAACCUGCCUGGACCGAUCGCAUCCUCUGGCGCCUUCGACGUACCGGCUCCCCAGUUCCUACCCACAAUGCAGCACUGCAGCGGGGUCUGACCUCAUGGUUGGGUGGGGCAACUAAAGUGACGCAGCACACAUACAGAAGUCACAUGGGCUACACCAUCAGUGACCACAAGCCUGUUUCUGCCCUGUUUUCCCUUCAUUUCCCAUUCAAGGUGGAAAUGCCCCUGGUGGAGCUGCAGGUAAACAAGGAGUGGUGUAAAGUCUCAGAUGCUACGGUCAGAUUCACUGUUGUAUCCACUUAUCAGCGCAGCUCAUGGGACUGGGUAGCAAUAUACAAGGUUGGAUUCAGACACCACAAAGAUUACCAGGCGUAUGUGUGGGCCAAGGGAGAGCACGCAACACAGGUGACAUUUUCAGAUGAAGAUUUGCCAAGAGACGACUGUGAAUACAUCCUGGGUUACUACAGCAAUAAUAUGAACAGUAUUGUUGGAUUGUCAACACCCAUUCAGAUCAAGAUCCCAGCCCACAGCCCCACCAUGCAACGCUCUGACAGCUCUGAUGUCAGCUCAGAAGAUGACAGCACUCUUGUCCUGCUGGCUCCAAACUCCCGCAGCCCGAGCCCUAAAACUGGCAAACACCACCAUCGCCACCGGCGCAGCCGCAGCCCUGCUGUUCCUGCUCUUUCCUCCAACCCCCUCCCCUCCCUACAGGGCCUCAGCCUCUGUCCUCGCUCAAAAGAAAGCCAGACACGAAGCCGCUCACCCUGCUCUGCUGCUAAGAAGGAACGGCUGGUCUCCCCUGACCCUGUGCCGUCCCCCUCCAUCAGCCCGCUCAGUCCUCGCAGCCCUGUGUCUCCAGGUAGUGGGGUGACUGCACCGGAGGCUCUGAUCGCUGCCAUCUUAGGGGAACACAGACCAGCUCAGGUUAGCCCCACAGGGGUCAAACAGAUAGGGAAGGCAGGGGAAACAGACACUGCAUAGAAUAAACAUCAGUAGUUAACAGCAGGUACUGUACAAGGAGAACGAUGGCAAAACCCAUGCAUUCAGACCCUGAUCUGACCCCACACUGUCACUGUGCUCGUAGAAGCAGCACAUUUAAUGACUCCUAAUGUAGUUUGCAAACAUUCCACAUUGUAGCCCUGCAGUUCUCUGUUUCUGAAUCUACCAUCAUCUCAUACACUAUGUGUAUAUUUGAGUCAAAAUGUGUUCAGACUCCUGAUGACAAGUGCUUUUAUAGACUCAUAAGCUAUAUCAUACGUAAACAAACAUAUUGAAUGUGAAACCAAAGUUAGAGUAAACCUGUGAUGGAUGUGACCAGCUACUAUUGACAGCAAUAUGGAUCCAUGUAAACAGUCUCCUAUCAAAGUAAGGACACUGGACCAGA